AUGCUGUUUACACGGCUUCCUCGUGCUCUUCCCAGGGCAACCUCAGUAGCUUCCCGCUCGGCGGGUCUGCUGUGGAGGACUCCCGCGUUCACGCGGUUCCAGUCUACGGAUGAGAAGGUCAAGGGCGCUGUUAUCGGCAUCGACCUCGGCACAACCAACUCCGCCGUCGCCAUCAUGGAGGGCAAGACCCCCAGGAUUAUUGAGAACGCCGAGGGUGCUCGCACAACACCUUCAGUCGUUGCCUUCGCUGAGGAUGGUGAGCGGUUAGUCGGUGUUGCUGCCAAGCGCCAGGCCGUUGUCAACCCCGAGAAUACCCUCUUCGCCACCAAGCGGUUGAUCGGACGCAAGUUUACCGACGCCGAGGUGCAGCGCGAUAUUAAAGAGGUGCCAUACAAGAUUGUUCAGCACACCAACGGCGAUGCCUGGGUUGAGGCGCGCGGCCAGAAGUACUCGCCCUCCCAGAUUGGUGGCUUUGUCCUUGGCAAGAUGAAGGAAACCGCUGAGGCUUACCUCAGCAAGACCGUGAAGAAUGCCGUCGUCACCGUCCCUGCAUAUUUCAAUGACUCUCAACGUCAGGCUACCAAGGAUGCUGGUCAGAUUGCCGGCCUGAACGUCCUCCGUGUCGUCAACGAGCCCACCGCUGCCGCCCUUGCCUACGGUCUGGAGAAGGAGGCUGACCGUGUCGUUGCCGUCUACGAUCUCGGCGGUGGUACCUUCGAUAUCUCGAUUUUGGAGAUUCAGAACGGCGUGUUUGAGGUCAAGUCGACCAACGGUGACACUCAUCUUGGUGGUGAGGACUUUGACAUCCACCUCGUCCGCCACCUGGUCCAGCAGUUCAAGAAGGAGUCUGGCAUUGAUCUCUCCAACGACCGCGUGGCCAUCCAGAGAAUCCGUGAAGCUGCCGAGAAGGCCAAGAUUGAGCUGUCCUCGUCGCUCCAGACCGACAUCAGCCUUCCCUUCAUCACGGCCGACUCUUCGGGCCCCAAGCACAUCAACCAGAAGCUCACUCGCGCGCAGCUCGAGGCUAUGGUAGACCCCCUCAUCAAGAGGACCGUCGAGCCUGUCCGCAAGGCCCUAAAGGAUGCCAACCUUCAGGCGAAGGACAUCCAGGAGGUGAUCCUCGUUGGUGGCAUGACCCGUAUGCCCAAGGUUUCCGAGUCCGUCAAGAGCAUUUUCGGCCGUGAGCCCGCCAAGUCGGUUAAUCCCGACGAGGCUGUUGCCAUCGGUGCCGCCGUCCAGGGUGCCGUUCUCUCUGGCGAGGUCAAGGACCUGCUCCUUCUCGAUGUCACUCCUCUCUCGCUCGGUAUUGAGACCCUUGGCGGUGUCUUCACCCGCCUGAUCAACCGCAACACCACCAUUCCUACCAAAAAGUCCCAGGUUUUCUCUACUGCGGCCGACUUCCAGACCGCCGUCGAGAUCAAGGUCUACCAGGGCGAGCGUGAGCUCGUCAAGGACAACAAGCUUCUCGGCAACUUCCAGCUUGUCGGUAUUCCUCCCGCCCACCGUGGAGUGCCCCAGAUCGAGGUUACCUUUGAUAUUGAUGCCGAUUCUAUCGUCCACGUCCAUGCCAAGGACAAGUCCACCAACAAGGACCAGUCCAUCACCAUUGCCUCGGGCUCUGGUCUUUCUGAGUCUGAGAUUCAGAAGAUGGUUGAGGAGUCCGAGAAGUACGCUGAGCAGGACAAGGAGCGCAAGGCUGUCAUUGAGACGGCCAACCGCGCCGACAGCGUCGUGAACGAUACUGAGAAAGCCCUCAACGAGUAUGCCGACAAGCUGGACAAGGCUGAGGCCGACCAGAUCCGCGAGAAGAUUGCCUCUCUUCGCGAAUUUGUCGCCAAGGCUCAGUCCGGCGAGGUUACGGCCACUUCUGCGGAGAUCAAGGAGAAGACCGAUGACCUCCAAGUUGCCAGCCUGAACCUUUUCGACAAGAUGCACAAGGCCCGCGCCGAGUCUGGCGAGCCCAGCCAGAGCGCUGAGGGCGAGAAGAAGGACGAGCCCAAGGCUUAAGCGUCGGCUCAGUCAUUGAUGCCUCUAUACCCCCACAUUUUCUUUCCUCUCGUGUGUCUGACUAGGUUGGAGCGGUCUCCAGUGUAUAUUCUGUGUAUCAUAUGUUGUUUCUUGGAGGCUGGUUGAGAUCUCCAGUGUUUAAUAUGCAGACGGCGGACGGCGUUACUGAGCAUCAAAACUGCUGCGUUCAUGGGCAGGAUUGUCUUAAGAUUUCGAUGAUGGGUCGGAACGGGAUGGGGG